UCCAGACACUGUCUGGAGCUCUAGGACUUCCGGCGUGUUGCUUCGUAAGGUCACUGAGAGUUGAUCAAAGUGAUAAGUUCCCACCUCUUAGCUGAGAAAUUUGUGCACGAUGUUAACCAGGUUGUCAAGAGUGGUUUGUCCAGCUUGGAUUGACACGGGAUCGUUUUCCUGCACAACAACUUGGCGACAGAGAAUCCAAGCUUUUGGGAGCACAGCAGUGCGAUGCCUUGAUGAUAGCCCUAACAAAGACUUCAAAGUGAACCCAGUGUUCCUGAACAGAAACCCCAGAAAUUUAGAAACUAUGGGCAUUGCAAGGAAGCGCCAAGGCUGGAUUCUGCAAUAUCCAAGAAAAAACUACUAUCACAAGUUGUUCUUUGAGAGAAGUGCUCGCCACACCUCAGCAUGGGUCGAGCAUAUGAAUGGGGAAACAGUUGUGUCAGCGUCCACACGGGAGUGGGCAGUCCGGGAACAGCUGUACAGCACCUCAGAUGUGUCUGCAGCGGAGAAUAUCGGCCGAGUGUUGGCCCAGCGGUGUGUGGAGUGUGGUCUCACCAGUGUGUUCUACGACAAGACAGAAGACAACACACCUUCGGAGUCUCGUGAAGUGUUUCUAAAUGCGGUUCAAGAUGUGGUGACACUGACAGAACCAAGACAGCUGAAGCCAAGGUAUGAACCUGGAAUCGACUAUGACAAACCAAACAGAUACGGAGAGAAGAAAAAGCUGAAGCCAGACUACCAGAUCUCCUGAUGUGUGUCAUCUGACAUGUAAACAUGUGUCAAGAUGUGUCUCAAACGGAAUGUCCAACACUGACAUGUGUCCUGAUAAUAGUAGAUGUGUGUAUGGGAUGUAGAUUAAAGACACGUCAAUAUUUGUCACAGAUAACUGUAUUGUUGGUUUUACAAUAAACAAGCUUGUUACCUUA